AUGGCUUCUUCUUCUUCGGCAACGGGACGGGGACCCAACGACAACGGGGAGGGGGAUAUGGGGAUGGCCAUGUACAACCUGUCAGAAAUGCACUGGCAGAUGGGGCAGGAGGAGACGGAGACGACGAUCGCCGUCUUCCGUUACCUCUGGAACCUCUAUGACCCAGUGAUUGUUACCCGCAUGGUCGAUGGCCACCAGGUCGAGUUUUACUGGUGGUCACUCAACCAAUCGAGGCACAUCAGGACGCUGCAGAGGCAGGCGCGCAUCUACCACGAGGGGAAGCAGGUCAACGGGGUGAUGCUGAGGAAGGAUUGGGUCAGGGAUUGCUUGAGGAUCCACCCAUUGGACGCAGAGAGGCUGAGGGAUUGGAUGUUGCCAGCAUGGGACGACACCGCACUAUGGCCCCUUGGCCAUCUCUGCAAAGGGGCCUCCGUUGCACACAGCAUCCAUCAGACAUGGGAUGCUCCCGUCUUUCCGCCACCGCCAAUCGGCCCAACCGCAACCGCCGCAGCCACCGCCCCCUCCCCAGGCGACUACCUCCAGCCAUGGUUGUCCUUCCAGGACACGGUUGUUGAGGGAAUGCGUAGCCCUUCGUCCGAGGUUAUCAAUGAGGCUGAGGACAUCUUCGAAAAUACGGAGCAGAUGAAGGAAUGGCCGAAGCAAAUGGCCGAAUACUAUAGCUGGAAGAAAACCAAGGAUGCUGAAGCCGAUGAAUAA